GAGACGGUAAUUAGAUUCCAUUGAUAUAAUCAUGUCGAUUGAGGCGCUGUCCGGUAAAGUCUUCUUGGUAGUAACCGGUGCGAGUCGUGGCAUCGGUCGACAAAUCGCGAUAACGUUUGGCUCGCUGCUGGAGAAAGGUUCGCACAUGCUCUUACUGGCGCGAGACCUUAAUGCUCUGUGUGAAGUCACAGAAAGUAUAUCUCCCAUCGUGAAUGUCGAUGCGGUGAGAAUGGAUUUGAGUAAAGCGACAAAAACUGAUCUCGAAGAAGCCAUACUGAAAACUCUGAAAGGAACUACUCGCGAGGCGUUCGACCGAGUGGUCCUAGUGCACAAUGUGGGCAGUCUAAAUCAAAAACUGCUGAACGAGUUGACAGACCUGAAUGACUGGAGAGCGUACUACGACUUGAAUUUUUUCGUGCCCGCUGUGUUGAAUGCGGUGGUUAUGAAUCUCUUCGAUUCGAAGACGAACACCAAGAAAGUAAUUAUCAAUAUAACUUCUCUGUAUGGUAUUCAGGCGUUUAUUGGCAGUGGUUACUAUUGCACGGCGAAAGCAGCACGGGAAAUGUAUUUUAAGGUCUUUGCGUUGGAGAAUCCCGACGUUGACGUAUUGUCUUACAGUCCGGGGCCCGUCGACACGGAUAUGCUUACUUUCUUAUGUGAAAACAUUAUUGAUCCUGAAAAUAAGGAAAAGUUUCGCGAAAUGCGAAAGAACAAGACCAUCUUAAGUCCAGAACAGAGCAUUAAUCGUCUUGUGGAGGUAUUGAAGGCACAUAAGUAUAAAUCGGCGGAACAUGUGGAUUAUUACACUCCAUUGUAGAUGCUUGACACUUCAGGGGAAAAGGGACAUGCACAAGAUAAUUCAUUCAACAAGUCUCUUGAUAACCUAAUUUUUUUUAUACAAUUUUGCUUUAUUUUAAAAAUAAUACUAUAUCUCUGUAACUUCUUGCGCAAAGUAAUAUAAAAAAUGUUAUAUUUAAAUAAAGUUUACGCAUUAAUCUAUAA